AUGCGCCCCACUUCUCUUCCCAUUUUCCUCCUCCUCUCAUCCCCUAUCACCCCAGCACUCUCCCUCCCUUCUUUACCAACAACCCUAACCACCAACAUCGCCAUAUCCCUCGCCCGAAUCCAUAGCAUCCCCAUCCCUCCUUCCCUCCUCGAGGCUUCAGCCCUCAACAUCGACGUAUGGGGCCCGAUCCCAGACGACGCUGUUCGCGUCCCGCUUCCCAACAGCACUGACCUAUAUGGCUUCCUUUCUGAGCCGGGGACCAGGGCAAAUGUAUGGGCUAGGGCGCAGGGCGAGCUGGAUAAGUUUGAGGAGGAAUUGAGGAGGUGGGAAUUCAUCGGGGGGUUGGAGAGGAGGCAGCGGGGGAUUGGCAAUGGCAAAAACUUCUACAUCCCCAACUUGCAGUACGACAUAUAUUACGCCCCGCCCCUGGGCUCAGGGGACUACGCUGCGAUAGCUAACCGAAGGGAGCAGGGCGUGUGGCCCGCUCGCGGCGCGCCCGAGGAAAAGGCCUUUGAAAGGUUUGUGGGAGAGGUUGUGCGAGAGAGUGGUGCUUAG